CUUACACUCAACAAAACCGGUAACUCAGAACUUUGUGAGCCAAUCAGAGCACAGCUGGAGGUGACGUAUGCUCAAGUGAAGGCUAGCAGAGAACGCCGUCCCGCUGUCCAUCAAGUUAACCGCCUAAAAGUUUGUACAUGUGAGCGAUGGGAGGGGAGAAGGACGCCAAAGAAGACGAGAAGGCCAAACACAAAGCGGCUAAGCUGAAACAGCUGAGUGAUGAUGAAACUGCAGGUGCUGCGGGAGAUGAUGUUCCCACCAAAAACAGUGCAAAGUCUACCAAACCUACUGAGAAAACUCCCAAUCGAAAGUCUCACAAGAAGGUCAAGACUCCAAAGAAAGAGUCGGUGGAGUCAGCCAGCAGCCCCAGUGAAUCGGUGAAACAGGAACAUGAGGAUGAUGACUUCACUCCAAAGACUAAAGGGUUGAAAAGAAAAAGGAUCAAGGAUGAGCCCAUGGAGGGCCCCUCACAUCCCACUUCUACACCCAUCUCCAAGAGAAAAAGUCGGCAACAUGGUCCAGGAGAAGAAAGUGACGAAGAGGCUCCGAAAAAGAAGUCAAAGAAGAAAACUGAAAAGACAGUGAAGAAGGAAGAGGAAGGAGAGCAAUCAAUUUCCAAAAAACCGAAGAAAACGAAGAAGGAGAUGGAGGAGGCCAAACAGCUGAAGCUCAAGCUGAAAGAGGAGGAGGAGCAGAAGCGCUGGAGAUGGUGGGAAGAAGAGAAGUACGAGGACGGGGUGAAGUGGAAGUUCCUUGAACACAAAGGACCGUACUUCCCUCCUGAGUACACGCCCCUGCCCGACAAUGUUCACUUCUAUUAUGACGGUAACAAGGUGAAGCUGAGUCUUGCAGCUGAGGAGGUGGCGCUGUUCUUUGCUCAGAUGUUGGACCAUGAAUACACCACCAAGGAGGUGUUCAGGGAGAACUUCUUCACAGACUGGAGGAUGGAGAUGAGCCACAAGGAGAGGAAGCUGAUUCAGGAUCUAAACAAAUGUGACUUUGGAGAGAUCCACGCCAUGCAUAAAGCCAAGGUGGAGGCCAGGAGGAACCUGAGCAAGGAGGAGAAGCUGGCUAAUAAGGAAGCCAACCAGAAGAUACUUGAUGAGUUUGGCUUCUGUUUACUCGACCACCACAAAGAGCGCAUCGGAAACUUCAAGAUUGAGCCCCCGGGGCUGUUCAGAGGUCGAGGCGAGCAUCCCAAACAGGGCAUGCUGAAGAAACGGAUCCAACCGGAAGAUGUUAUCAUCAACUGCAGCGUAGAGUCCAAUGUCCCAGUGCCCCCUGCUGGUCACCAAUGGAAGGAGGUCCGGAAUGACAACAGCGUGACAUGGCUGGCCAGCUGGACUGAGAACAUCCAGGGAUCUAUCAAAUACAUCAUGCUCAAUGCCAACUCCAAGCUUAAGGGAGAGAAGGACUGGGAGAAAUAUGAGGUCGCUCGGAAACUGAAGUCAUGUGUGGACGACAUCCGUAACCAGUACCAGCUGGAUCUCAAGUCCAAAGAGAUGGUUAGACGGCAGCGAGCUGUGGCGCUCUACUUCAUAGACAAGCUGGCACUGAGAGCGGGUAACGAGAAAGAGGAGGGAGAGUCGGCAGACACGGUGGGCUGCUGCUCUCUACGUGUAGAGCACAUCACCCUUCACGAGGAGCUGGAGGGCAACGAGUGUGUGGUGGAAUUCGACUUCCUGGGUAAAGACUCCAUCCGCUACUACAACAAGGUCCCUGUCAUCCGGAGGGUUUUUAAAAAUCUGAAGUUGUUCCUGGAUAACAAGCAGGCUGGAGACGACCUCUUUGACCGCCUUAAUACAACCUCACUGAACAAGCACCUGAGCAGGCUGAUGCCCGGCCUGACUGCCAAGGUCUUCAGGACAUACAACGCCUCCAUCACUUUACAGCAGCAGCUCAAAGAGCUCUCAAACAAGUCCGACAGUGUGGCAGAGAAAAUCCUGUCCUACAACAGGGCCAACAGAGCAGUUGCUAUUCUGUGUAACCACCAGCGGGCGCCACCAAAGACCUUUGAUCAGUCCAUGGCUAACCUCCAGGCCAAGAUUGAUGCUCGGAAAGAGCAGCUGGCCUUAGCCAAGAAAGAGCUGAAACAGGCCAAGAAGGAGGCCAAGACAAAAGGCAGCCCUGACUCCAAGCUGCAGACGCUGGUGGAGAGGAAGAUGGCCACCGUUCAGCGCUGUGAGGAGCAGCUGCUAAAGAUGGAGGUCCAAGCCACUGACAGAGAGGAAAACAAACAGAUUGCUCUUGGUACCUCAAAGCUUAACUACCUGGAUCCACGCAUCACUGUGGCCUGGUGUAAGAACAUGGAGGUACCUAUAGAAAAAGUCUACAACAAGACCCAAAGGGACAAAUUUGCCUGGGCCAUCGACAUGACGGAGGCAGACUUUGAAUUCUGAGUUCAAACCUUGAAAAACUUCAGUCUCAUAAUCAGGUAGAAAGAUGCUGUUAAGAAAGGUCUUAUAUUACAUACAGUACUGAAAGAGAACAUUAAUUAUGUGUUCAGAGACUACUCAUGUACUUCAGUGACAAUACUGUCAAACACCACUCAUCGGACACCUUUUGUUUUCUGCUGUUUUCAUACUUUUUGGCACUUCUUCUUGAAACUUGCUUUUGUUGUGUUGUUUUCUUUGUACAUUUUGUGUUUGUGUUAAAUAAAGGUUUCUUCAAUGCA